CUGAGACGCACGCGUCGUUCCUUAAAUACCCGCGCCUUGACAUCCGGGUAGUGACGUCACGAGCAGAGGAGGAGACAGACUCGCGGAGGACGGCCGCCACUCGCCAGAGCCACCGGAGCUUCUCAGGGACCAUCAGCAGGGAGCGCGGCCGACGACAGAGCUAAGAGCUGGGGGAAUGAGCGCCGCCACAAUCCGCUCCCAUCCUCCUCCACCAAGGCACCCAUCCGCCUGACAACCACCGGGACAGAACCUCCGCGCAAGCAGCUCCCCGACGAGGCCAAUAUUGGGCGUGAGUGACUGCCUGCAAUCAUGGAGUUAAGAGUGGGGAACAAGUAUCGGCUCGGGAGGAAGAUAGGAAGUGGUUCCUUUGGAGACAUAUACCUUGGUGCUAAUAUUGCCACUGGUGAAGAAGUAGCCAUCAAACUUGAGUGUGUGAAGACCAAACACCCACAGCUGCACAUUGAGAGCAAGUUCUACAAGAUGAUGCAAGGAGGAGUGGGUAUUCCCUCCAUAAAGUGGUGCGGCGCAGAGGGAGACUACAACGUGAUGGUGAUGGAGCUUCUCGGUCCCAGUCUUGAGGAUCUUUUCAACUUUUGCUCGCGCAAGUUCAGCCUUAAGACCGUCCUGCUUCUGGCAGACCAAAUGAUAAGUCGUAUCGAAUACAUCCACUCCAAGAAUUUCAUUCACCGCGAUGUGAAGCCCGACAACUUCUUGAUGGGGCUCGGCAAGAAGGGCAACCUGGUGUACAUCAUCGACUUUGGGCUGGCCAAAAAGUACCGCGACGCCCGCACACACCAGCACAUCCCCUACAGGGAGAACAAGAACCUGACCGGCACGGCACGAUAUGCCUCCAUCAACACACAUCUUGGGAUCGAACAGUCCAGACGUGACGACCUGGAGUCCCUUGGCUACGUCCUCAUGUACUUCAACCUGGGCUCCUUGCCCUGGCAGGGCCUCAAGGCUGCCACCAAGAGACAGAAGUAUGAGCGCAUCAGUGAGAAGAAAAUGUCCACGUCGAUUGAAGUUCUUUGCAAAGGAUACCCUUCCGAGUUCUCCACGUACCUCAAUUUUUGCCGAUCGUUUCGAUUUGACGACAAGCCCGAUUACUCUUACCUGCGACAGCUCUUCAGAAACCUCUUCCACCGGCAGGGCUUCUCUUACGAUUACGUCUUUGACUGGAAUAUGCUCAAAUUCGGUGCCACUCGGACAGCUGAAGACGGCGAACGGGAAAGGAGGACUGGAGAUGAGCGGGACGAUCGGAUCGGUGUGGCGCCCAGGGGCUCUGCAGCACGAGGCCUGCCCCCAGGACCUAACCCUGGACCUGCCGGCAGAGUCCGAAAUGGACCGGAGCAGGCGGUUUCUAACCCUGCCUCACGGGUGCAGCAGUCUGGUAACACGUCGCCUCGCGCCAUCUCUCGUGCGGAGAGGGAGAGGAAGGUGAGCAUGCGGCUCCACCGUGGGGCUCCGGCUAACGUCUCGUCCUCGGACCUCACCGCACGUCACGACCAGUCCAGGAUUUCUACGUCACAGGUCAGCGUGCCGUUUGAGCACCUGGGGAAGUAGACCAUGGCCAGGUGACUUGUCAGUCAGCCUGCGUGUUCAUGACACCUCCACUCAUCACACCUUUUGUUGCAGACAAGAUGGAUGCCAACAGAACUUUUGACCAUGCCCAGCAUCCGACCUUUUUACGGAACCCUUUUGUCAGUCCCUGGAUGGUCGUCACGGCAACGCAAGAAGAAAAGGAGUGACACUAGGACUUUAUUAUUAUUAUUAUUAUUAUUAUUAUUAACACCCCGUGGUUCUUUCCUCCUUCCGAGCUGGUGUGGGAGGACAGAAAUGCAAAAGGAAGUUGUUGUUUUAAAACUUAGUAGAAAUGGUUGGAAAAGGUCACCAUUAAAAUGAGGUUUUGUUUUUAUUUCCUAUGUGCUGCUUGCUGCCCCUUCACCCCUUUUGUGCUGUCAUGUCCACGUCUUUAUUUAUGUGCGUGUCCUAUUUCCCCUAAGUCCCAAGGCCAGGUCCUCGGGGAAGGAGCGGACACCAUUGCCCCCCCCACCCUCCCCGGUUUUUUUUUGUGUGCUUUUAAAAAUGUCAACUCUAGGGGGCGUAGUGGAGUUGGCGGACUCUGUUAGGGACGAUUUUUAGGGGGAUGGGAAUCCUUUAUUUUAUUUUUAUUUCGUCUGUUUUCUGCGUUGACAUUGUAAAUAUUUUUUUACCUUUUAAUGUAAAGCCAAAAUGUGUUUUGUGUUUUAAGAUGUAAAGUAGAAACAAACACAAACUAAUGACUUAAAUUGGGGAAGGCUUCUGAAUUUGAGAUAUUUCAAGUACUACAUUUUGGAGGUGAAUUGUUGCUCUGCCAGCUGGGUCAUGAGUGUGUAUGUAUGUAUAUAUGUAGUGCUGAGAGAAUGAGUCUACUAUAUGUAGGUGAACUACUUUGGAAAGAGUGUGUAUGUAUGUAUAUAUGUAGUGGUGAGAGAAUGAGUCUACUAUAUGUAGGUGAACUACUUUGGAAAGAGUGUGUAUGUAUGUAUAUAUGUAGUGCUGAGAGAAUGAGUCUGCUAUACAUAUGUUAACUACUUUGUCUCACCUUCUAUAUUCCUUGUAGAAAUAUGUCCAUAUAUUCAUGUCACCCUUUGAUUUUUCACCUCCUGUGACGUUGACGUCGUCCCGCUGACUCCAUGGCAGGGACGUGUAAAUAAUGAGCGCCAUGACCCAGUGGCAUUGGAACGUGUACAGUAGAAGUGUGUGGGGGGGUAAUUUCACUUCAUGUAUUGUGUACUGAUAUCUUGUACAGUUCUUUUAACAUUUUAUUUACAACAGUAUUUGUGUAUAUUUUAUGAAGUAAUAAAAACAAAUCUCACAA